AUGCGUCGGACCAGUGCAACCUUGGACAUUCCCCUUCCGAUCACCUACACUCCCACCACCCACCGCAUCAGCAAAGCAAAGAAGGGAAAGCGUGUGCAUGCCUGCCAGUAUCCUGGCUGUGAAAAGGUGUUUACCAGAGCCGAACAUCGGAGACGCCAUGAGCUGAACCACAACCCUGAGGCCCUUUUCCGUUGUACCUACUCUGAGUGCCAGAGAACAUUCCACCGUCAGGAUUUGCUUAAUCGCCACAUUGAGCGACAUGAGCUCGAUGCUCAGAUGGAACACGCAGCCCGUUGGAAGCAAACCCAACUUCCUGUCGCACCCCAACCUUAUCCUUCCAAGAACCUCAUGCCUACGCCCUUCGACUCCAACAUGUUCCUGCCUACACCACAACAGUCGACCUCGACUUCUAUGUCCAUCGACUCCCUCGUCACCCCCGAAAUCCGCCUAGACCUUACCAACGAUCAACCCUUCCAAUGGGAUGGUCUCGACUUUCCUUUGUACCCUCAGCAGCCUUCUCUGCUUCGGAGCCCUAUGCCUGAGCCCAUCGACGACAACUCUUCUUUCUACUCGUACCCCGAGUCCUGCGCUUCCCCGUCCUCCUCUGGGGGUGCUACAUUCCUUUCUUCUCGCCCAGGCUCCUCGCUCUCCUCCACACCGGCUACGACGAUGGAAUCAUAUCAAGAAAAUUACCCCGAGCCCAUCCUCGAUUGCGGCUUGACUUCCUCACCAUUGCCUCUGCAGGCGGACUUGCCGCCAUUGGAUUUCUCCGGUGUCGAUAUUUCGUGGUCGGAUAUUGAGCCUCUUUCGCUUGAUGGGGAUUUUGCGCCUCAGCCCCUACAAUACAACACCGCCCCUGCAUGGACACUUCCCCAAGAGGAAUCCGACCCGCAGCAAUACGCAGCGAAGUCAUUCUUCUUCUAG